GAUGAGCACCCUCGCUAGACAGUGAGGACUGGAGUCGGUCUCAGCAACACAGUGGUCUGAGAGAAGCUCGUUGGGAACUGCAUCCCCCAGCCCAGCCUAUCCUUUCCUUGCCACAGUUCAGCUUGCAAUCAGGCUGUGUGACCCAGUCUGGGUCCUUCCACAGGGAAACGCAUUGCAGGCAGCAACCCUGAACAAACCAGAAAAACAACCCUCCUUUGCUCUGGAGCCCAAGGCAGCAGGUUCCCACUCGCAACAACCUUUCCGGGGUAAGGUCAGCUGUCCAGGGCCAGAGAGCCAGAGUGCUUCGCCCUUCCCCUCCAGGCCAGCCACCACAGGUAGAUCUGGAGCGGCACCAGGUCUACCUGCCGCGCCAGGUGGGUGGAGUAUGAGCUGAGGACUCUCCCUGUCUUGGACUCUGCACCCUUAGGUGCCUGGGUCUUGCCUCUCGGCAGAACGUCUGUCCUUUGCGCUGCCAUGGAAGAGGGCAGAGCCCCAUCGCCCCGGGAAGAGCUGGAGCUCUCGACGCUGGAGCAGGAGAGGGAGCAGGAAGAGCAGAGGCCUCUCAGGCUCCAGAUCCAGCCUUCCUCCGCCGAGAGCCCUAGCCCGACCCAGACGGACAAGGAAAGUCCCUGGAGUCCCUGUAACAAGACGGUGGUUGGACGGUGUAAACUGUGGAUGGUCAUUGUCACCAUUUUCCUGUGUUUUGUUGUAGUGAUUGCUAUAAGCUUAUGCCUUAUAGGAGUAACUUACAUCGAUGAAGAUGAGAAUGAAAUACCUGAAUUAUCGUCAAACAAAACAUUCUUCAUCAUGCUCAAGAUUCCGGAGGAGUGUGCUAAUGAAGAGGACUUGCCUCACUUGCUCACGGAAAGGCUCACGGACGUGUAUACACAGUCACCGUCGCUGAGACGCUAUUUCACCUCUGCUGACAUCGUGGACUUCAGCGUUGAAAACGCCACGGUUACCUACCACUUGCAGUUCGGAGUUCCAGCCGAAGAUGAUGGCUUCAUGGAGUUCAUGAUGAGUAAAGAACUGGUGCUUGGCAUUGUGCGGCAGAAUUUCCACGACAAGAAUCUGGCUAGCUGUGCGGGUCUCGGGCUGGACCCAGAAUCUCUCUGGCUCUAUGAAUGAAGUGGUGGAGGUUGGUCUGUGUCAGAAAGCAAUGCUCUGCAGUUUCAGGAGGAAGAAAAUUCAAAAACAUGUCUUGAAGGGACCGGCAGGAAGAGACAGUCCAUCUUGUAGUGACCAGCAGGAGGAGACAGACAGUCCUCCCACUCAUGCUGCACAGACAGGGAGCCUGGCUCCAUUUGCUGACUUCGUGAGAGCUGUCCCAGCUGGAUUCAGGAGCUAGAUGAGGUCUGGGGUGAACCGAAGAUCCACAACCCAAGAUUUCUGCUGCCUUUAAAGCACUGGCUGCCUCUGCUCAAGCAUGGAUGCUUUUCCUGUAGUACAAGCAGAGUACCUGGCUCUUAACCUGUGUUCAUGGGGCAAGGUGACAGCAAGUAGUCAGGGGAUGGGGAACCGAGACAAUGGUUCAUUCAAGCCCUCUUUCCACUCACAAUUAUAUUUGAUAGACCUCUAAGCAAAGGAAGGGAGGAGCAGGAAGUUACUUCCAAGACCUGAGGACCAUAACUCUUCAUCUACCUCCACCACCUAUACCUGGGUGUAUGGACAACUGAGCUCAAUCACAUCACUGUGUGUUACUUACAGAAAUAAGUUCGAUGCAUCUUGUUUCUCAUCUCUUCGUUGUUCCUGAGAUGCCUCAGUAUCUUUUUUUUUUUUGAAAACAUAAGUCUGUGAGUUUUGAACAUGCUACCAUCUUUUAAGGUUGCCACCCAUUCAGGUUUUUAUUCCUAUCAUUGCUGGAUCAUUAGGACUGCUUAAUUUCUGCUACUGAUACCGCAUACUGGCUUUGCAUUGACUGGCAUCACCAGCCUUUCUGUAGGACACAGUUUCAUGACUUGUUACUUGUGUGUCUUACUGCAGAUGGCUGCUAAGCAGCGACUCUCUGUCCUUUUGAAACUGUCAAAAGAGGCAUGCCUGUCCUUUGGCAGGCCACGAGGAAGUUAGUGACUGUAUCAGUCACCUGCAGAUAGAGAAUGCCUGUCAUGAGGAAAUAGUAUAUUUGUUUUAUUGGGGGAAAUUGUCUUCCUGGAAAUUCUGGGGUAGAGAGUUUCAUUGUAGAGUGAGAAAUUCCCAAGCCUGAUACCUCAGAUGGAUUAGCCAUGAAUGCAGGCAGCUAUGUAUGAAUCUACAUCAAGUGUAGGGUUCUGAACAAUGUGAAUUUACUUUCUUAUUUAUCUACUAUAUGUUAUAGUAAUAAUAAUUUCUACAUAGUAAUUUAUUGUUUCAUUUUCAGUAUAGUUCCUUAAACUACUAAAACAGGUGAAUUUUUCUUCUUCCCCUUUAUUUUUUUAUGUCAAAUGUGAACUUCUCUGUGCCUGUACUUUUUGGAAAGUAAUGAGGAAUUUUAAUAUAUAAUGCCUUAGAAACAUUGACAAUAAAUUAUUAUCUUUUUUUUGCAACUGUGUUGUUUUAGUAUCUGCCUCUUAGGCCUUCCUCUCUUAAGACUAUAUGUUAGGUGGGCUUUGCCUUGCAGAAAAUGUGGGUAGAAGUGAUUGUGUGUCGGAGGCAGCUUUCUCUUCUGUGUGAAUAGAACGAAGCCCAAUUGAACCAGGCUGUGCUGGAAUUGGCUGUGGCCUUUAAUUUCUCUGCAGUCCUUCUUGGGCAAAGUAUUACAGUAUCAAUCUGCAAUGUCCCCCACUGACUUAUGUGUUCAGCAUAAGUGAUACUCUUAUAACUAUUAGAAGGUGAUCUUCACUGGUCCCAGGAGACAGCUACAGGCAACCACUGGAAGGUUGUAGCCCAGUCCACUUUGUCCAAGCUUUAUUUUCUGCUUCUCAGUCCACCAUAAUGUGGAAUUCUCCCCUUCCCUGCCAUGUACACUUGCUGCCAUUAAUUCUGCUUUCCUUAUGACGAUGGACUGAAACCGUGAACCAAAAUAAAUCUUUUCUGCAGGAAAUUGCAGCUUGGAUGGGGCUGGAAGGAUGGGUUUGUCCAUAUCUGGAGAUGGGGUUGGGUUUUGUUCCUCUUUUUUUUCCAGGAGAAGCUAAGAUAAAAAUAACUUAGUUUUGAUUUUGACCACUUGACCCUUGAGAAGACUUUUCAAGGUUUGACUUUUGGGUAUAAUACAUAAUGGGGAGCUAAAGCAUACGGAGAUGUUUGGUAAAAACAAUCCUGUGCACAUAUGCAUUGUCUUGUUAUAGAAAGCAAGUUUGCAGUCACCACAUAUCUUAAUGACCGGAACAAUGCCUGGUGCAUCAUAAGGUUCAACAAGUACCUGUGAAAUAAUUGAAGGAUGAAAAACUGUUACUUUCAGGAAGUCAUUUAGCUAUGGAUAGAAACACUUGUCCUGUUCUCAACAAAACUUCUAGCCAGGUGUCUACCUUUAUAACUUUGAAAUUUAAUUUUGUUGCAAAGAUAAUUUUUAUCUUUUAAAUAUUUUA